AUGACGGCUGGGAAGCGCUCUUCCGUAGCUUUCUGUUUGAAAAAAAAAAGCCUACCUGGGGCUUUCAAGGAGGGAGAAGAGAUCUGCCGAAGCCCCGUUUUCCUUGCGGGGGGCAGGGAUGAAGAACCAGAGAACCCAGAUUCGAGGCAGCAUCGUGUCGUGCAGUCGCAGCUUGGGGGGAGCAGGGAAUUUCGGGCGGACGACGUGGUGGCGCCGAGUUCGACGUUCUGCAAGGUCUACACGCUGACCCCUUUCCUUGCCAGCAACCGGGAGAAGCGCGGCCUGGCCUUGGACGGCAAACUCAAGCACGAGGACACCAACCUGGCCUCCAGCACGCUGCUGCGAGACGGAGCCAACAAGGAGAUCUUGGGCAUCAUCGUCUCGUACAAGGUGAAGGUGAAGCUGGUGGUUUCCCGGGGUGGCCUGCUGGGAGAUCUUGCGUCCAGCGACGUCGCUGUGGAGUUGCCUUUUACCCUUAUGCACCCGAAGCCGAAGGAGGAACCCUUGCACAGAGACGUUCCAGAAAACGAAGCCCCCAUUGACACAAACCUCAUAGAGCUCGACACAAACGACGACGACAUUGUUUUCGAAGACUUCGCCCGGCAGCGGCUCAAGGGCAUGAAGGACGAGAAAGAGGAAGACGACGAAGGCACAAACUCCCCGCAACUGAACGACAGAUAAACUGGAGCGCCCCCUCCCCUCCCCGACUUCUUUCUCUUCAUUUCACCACGUCAAGCCCCCACGCCCUUUGGCUGCUUCUCUUUUUGUACGAG